AUGUACUUCAACUCCACGCUGACGGACUCCUCCAAGCUGCUGAAGCCGCUGCUGGUGUUCACGUUCAUUAUCUGCGGCGUCCUCUGCGGGCUGACGCGCAUCACGCAGUACAAGAACCACCCCGUGGACGUGUACUGCGGCUUCCUGCUCGGAGGGGGCAUCGCGCUGUACCUGGGCCUGUACGCGGUGGGGAACUUCCUGCCCAGCGAGGAGAGCCUGCAGCAGCGGGAGGCGCUGCGCGCGCGGGCGGACCUGCCCCCGGACGCGGGCCGCGCGCUGGCGGCCAAGGCGGGGGCCUGCGACGGCGUGGCGCACACCGAGGGGCUCCUGGCGCGCGCGGCCCGCGACCCCGGCGCGCUGUCCGGCCUGCAGCGCGCGGGCGCCGCCGACGUGGAGAUCAUCACGCCGCGCAGCCCGCGGGGCAAGGAGGGGCUGGUGACCUUCAGCAACACGCUGCCCCGCGCCGCGCCCGCGGGGGCCGGGGCCGGCGCCGGGGAGGACGCGGCGCGCCGCCACGCCAGCGUCCACGCGUCCAUGGACUCGGCGCGCUCCAAGCAGCUGCUGAGCCAGUGGAAGAGCAAGAACGAGGGCCGCAAGCUGGCGCUGCAGGUGCUGGAGGCCGAGCCGGGCCAGUCGCCGCCGCGCGCCGUGGAGCUGCGCUCCGGCUCGGAGCCCGCGCGCGUGGGCGCCAACGGCGAGCACCCCGGCCCGGGCGCCCCGUCGUACCUCAAGGUGCAGCCGGGCGCCGGGCCGGCCGGCAACAGCGGCGGCCCCGGGGGGCCCCGCGUGUCCCUGCAGCCGCGCCCCGGCUCCUCGCAGCUCGUGCACAUCCCCGAGGAGGCGCACGAGGCCGGCGCCGCCUCCCCGCGCGGCGGCUCCGCGCGCGCCAAGUGGCUGAAGGCGGCGGAGAAGAGCGUGGCGCGCGGCCGCGGCGGGCAGCCGCGCAUCAUGCAGGUCAUCGCCAUGUCCAAGCAGCAGGGCCUGCAGGCGGCGGGCGCCGAGCCCUGCGCCGCGGGCUCGCUGCGCUACAAGGCGCUGGCGGAGCUGGAGCCCGGCGGCGGCGGCGGCGGCAUCGUGCGCGUGGAGGCGCACCCCGAGAACAGCCGGCCGGUCAUCCAGAUCCCCGCGUCCACCGAGGGCGAGGGCAGCGGCUCCUGGAAGUGGAAGGCGCCCGACAAGGCCAGCCUCCUCCGCCAGACCUACGAGCUCAACGACCUGAACCGGGACUCGGAGAGCUGCGAGUCGCUGCGGGACGGGCUCUCCGCCGGCGCCGCGGACCGGCCGCGCGGCAACAUCGAGGGCGGCGGCGGCGGCGAGCACCUGCACCACCUCCACCACCACGGCGUGGCCACCAUCCGCGUCACCCCCGUGGAGGGCAGCGAGGGCGGCUCCGAGACGCUGUCCGUGUCCUCCUCGCGCGACUCCACGCUGCGCCGCAAGGGCAACAUCAUCCUGAUCCCCGAGCGCGGCGGCAGCCCCGAGCACACGCGGAACAUCUUCUACAAGGGCACGUCCCCCACGCGCGCCUACAAGGACUGA